CAAUGAAAAGACCUCUCUUUCUUCAUUCUCCUUCUCGAUCGAAUUUAAUGGUGAAGGUUUUCCCUAAAACGAGCAAUAGAAAUGGACCCAUGAAAAAGUUAAUCCCUUUUUCUCUUUACACCCGGACUCCCACUUAUCGAAGGCUUCCGGAGCAGCACUUUCUCAAUCUCUGUGUUCAUAAAUUGGACGGCUCUUCAUUCAGUCUUAAUGUGGCGAGAAAUGCUACAGUUGCCGAGCUUAAAUUUGCGGUGGAGGAGGCGUUUAAUCAGUUCCCCGACGACGAUAGAACAAGAUUAUGGGCCCUUGUAUGGAGCCACUUCUGCUUGUGUUAUGAAGGCCAGAAGCUGAUCCACGACGUUGCCUGCAUAAAGAAAUACGGGAUCAAAGAUGGCGAUCAGCUUCGUUUCAUCCAGCAUUUGAGAGUAGACCUUGCACCAACACCAGAGCAGGCCAAGGAUCGGAGAGUCAAGUCCAAAGACGGUUCAACAUGUAAUGAUGGUAGUGAAGAGCUUAGGUACUUGCUUCCACAAGCCAAGCCCAGAUUAAAAGCUUCUUUCAAGGGGUUGCUCAUAUGUUCUAAGUUUAGAGAUUGAAUUGAAAAUUCAAGAAUGAUACUUUCAUUCUGAUUUUGGGAACAAAGAAAAAUUGCAGCUAGGCAGGAGUAGGAUCAGUUCAAGAAUUCAAGCAGUAGUGUAGUGAAUGAUGUAUUGUUGUCUUAAUCUACCAUCUAUAAAAGUUUAUGUUCUUUUUA